AUGACUAUUUUAGUCAAUUAUUUAUUAAACCUAAGAGAAAGAUCAGAAAGCUCUGUCUUCCCAUUCACUGAAUCUGAAAGUGAAAUAACACCAAACACUGUCAAUGCAACAUUUUCAAAUGGUGAUGAAAUACCCAUAAAAGUGCCUACUGAAAGAUUCAUAAAGAAAUUAGUAAAGAAGUAUAAGAAGCAAGAACACAUAAACUCUGACAACGCAUUCUAUUUGUUCUUAUUAACUUUACAAAAUAAAAUUGAACAUGAUCACAAUUACAAAGAACUUCGUUCUCAAUUUAUGAAAGAAAUUGCUUUAGUCGCUUCUAUAACUUGGAGGAAUUGUCCUAUAUAUUAUAAACAAGCUUUUAUUAACGUCUAG